AUGCAUUUGAUGUACACUUUGGGCCAAGAUGGCAAGAGAAUCUACACCUUGAAGAAGACCACCCAAGAAGGUGAAAUCACCAAGUCCGCUCACCCAGCCAGAUUUUCCCCAGAUGACAAGUACUCCAGACAGAGAGUCACUUUGAAGAAGAGAUUCAACUUGUUGCCAACCCAGCAAGAGCCAAUCAAGUACUAAUUGGUCUCCCGCUUCUCCGUGAUGUGGUUCGUUGCAUUUACUACCUGCCCCCAUUGAUUCCUCAGUGGACGGCGCCGUUUCCCCAGGCUCAAACUUGACUUAGAGCUAUGUUUUCAUUAUUUGGGGUUUGUAUAAUUAUAUGUUUAAUAUAUUUGGUUUAUCUUUGUU